GCGUAUAAUUGUAUUACAAUUUUGUUCAAAUAGAAAUAACCAGUCCCAAUUGAACACGACAGCAAUUUAGUUGAAAAUGAAUAUCUUACGUUAUGGAUACUGUAACAUAGUAAUUUAAAUUGCAUGAGAAAAAAGGAAGCAAUGAGAGAAAUUGACCCGACGUAAAUGAAAAACAAAUUUGAUAAAAAUCAGUAAUAAAGACACGUCAGUCUUGAGCAAUAAUCGAAAGUGUAAACAUGAAUUGGUAAAAUAAUUCAAAGGAACCAGUGUAAUGUUGCAUUAGAAAUUAGAAACACUUCGGAUAAAGCCAUACAAAAAAUUUAUUUGAUUGAGAACUCUUUAGAUCUUUAAGUGAAGCGGACUCAAACGGAAUACACAAUGGCAUCAACAGCACAAUCAGUUUUUAUAACAGUGCCCAAGUACGUAGCUAUAACGCAUAAUCCAACUAUGACAUUACCGAAGAUAAGGCCUGCACCGACUCCCACGUCAGUGCAGGGAACAGCCGUAGUAGCAUCUGCUGAGAAUGUGAUAGUUGAGGAUGGAGCAUCAGCACCAAGGGGCAAAAAACGCCGCCUUGAUCACCUAACAUGGGAAGAAAAGAUGCAGAGAAAAAAAUUGAAAAAUCGUGUUGCCGCACAGACAUCUCGCGAUCGGAAAAAAGCUCGGAUGGAAGAUAUGGAAAGAGAAAUUGACGAAUUAACACAGAAAACAGAAAUAUUACAAAAUAAGUGCGAAAGUUUGCAAGCUAUCAAUGAAUCUCUUCUUGAAAAGAAUCAUAAACUUGAUAUGGAGUUAGAACUUUUACGUCAACAACUCAGUGAAGUGCAACAACAACAGAAGCAGCAGCAAGAACAACUUGCCAGUAAUGCCGCCAACUUAAAAGCUAGAAGUGCAGUUGGUACUUGUGCCGGCUCUGCAGCAGGGAUCACGUCAAAUGGACUCUCAGUCGACAGAAGAACAACUGAAAAAGAGCAACUCAGUGGCGUCGCUUUGGAGGAUUGUUGCGCUUUGCCUACUUUUCAAGAUAUGCUCCUCAUCGACGAAGAAUUCGAUGUCAGUAAACUUGAAGAACUUGCCGAAAGCCUCAUGGCCGAUAUCGAAGCAGACCUGGAAAAUAAUAAUGGGUCAGGCAAUGAAAAUGAUGCCAAAAUUACAAGCAGCUCAGAGCGAUUGCUUGGACCAGUGGUGGGGACCAAAACAGAGUGCUUGGAAUCCAGCAAACAUACAAACACACGAAGUAACAGCUUAAAUAAUACGGAGUGGGCGUCACCAAUCCAAACGGAUGCAAUUCAAUUACAAACCAAUUUGCCUGCAGCGACACAAGAGCUAACAGGGCUUAGCGAUUCAUCUACAGUUAUUGCAUCAGCAGCACCGUGUACAAUACAACAAGGCAAAUUUAGUGACGACCCGACAUCCCCGCUAGAUACUGUGUACGGCACGUACGACGCAAAAACCAAUUCUAUAACAAUUGUAAUGGAUGAUGAUGCGGUACCCGUAAAUGAAGCGGUUGAGGAGAUUUACUGUGAUGGUGUAGCGCCGUCAAAUAGUGAUGAAAUUAAAUACCCCACACCUAUGGCUUCACCAUCACAUGUUUUCCUAAACGUUGUCGAUGACUCUGAUGAUGAGCCCUUUCUGCGACCGAAUCGUCCUCUAGCGAAAUCUCCUGCACUGUCACUACAUUCUGUCGUUUCAGAUCAUGGCUAUGAAUCAAUUAUUGGUUCACCCACAUCUACAGCGACAGAGCAUUUCGAUACAAGUGCCGAAGACUUUGACUGGCAGGGUAAUUUUAACGAUUUAUUUCCCAGUUUGAUUUAAUAACAGUCGGUCAGAAACACAGUAAUAGUAGGCUUUAAGUCAGUAAAUUAUUUGAUAAGUCACAUAGAUGCUGCUAUAUGCAAUAGUUUUAGGUAUAGUGCUAAGCGUUAACUAUAACUUAUGAAAGAAAACUAUACAAAAUUUUGUGAUUUAUUUGAGCUAUAAUUAUAAUCUUAAUAGGUACUCUCUUGGAGAAUGCAAUCGCUUCGGGAGAUUAGUUUUAAAAUUAUACACUACUUAUACAAUUGCUAAAAACCUUAAUUCAUUAAGUUAUUCCAAGACGUAGUUGCACUAUGUUUUUUUUACAAUUUUUAAAAAAGCUUUUGUUAAUUUAUAAAUUUGUACUGCUGUAGGUAUACUUCCUCUGUUAAACCAUUUACUAAUUUAUUUUGUUACUUAAACAUUUGUUUAGAAUGGUUGGAGCCCGUUUGAAAAAAAGCUUAAAAUAAAAUAUCUUAUCUUGAACCCAAAA